UGUUGCACUUGAACGCUUGCUGCAUAACCAGUCUGACACUAAUGGGAAUCGAAGAUGGAAGUUUUGAUCUUGAUCUCCAGUUUACUAAGAGUGGCUUUAGUAGCCGGUGUUUACAUCCUCAACAUACGUGCGCUACUAAUACUCGCGUGGCAAUCCAAGACGUGUGUUCAUUCUCUAACCACCGGUGCUGUUCUUUUAAGUUGUUUGCUAUAUUUAAGUAGUUGGACACCUUACCUGACUUACGGACUAGCGAACGGACAAUGGCUACUGUUAACUGCUAGAAGUCACUGCGUCUUACAGCAAUUCGUUACCAUGGAAACAUCAUCCGUUCUUCUCGCUCUUUUAGCUAUAAGGAUAACUUAUAAGUUUUUCGUUCGAAUUCGCAGUAAAUCCGUUACUAGUGCUUUUGCUUCUAGUUUAAUCUUGUGCGUAGCUUGGUUAGGUCCUCAACUUGUUUUCGAUGUUAUUAAUUUAGUUAGAGAUGAACCUGAACGUGGAAGCAAUUAUCGAUUCCUCGACGAUUUAUUAGUGGUACCUAAUACAGUAAAUGCUACUAGAGGUUAUCGAGUGGGUUUUAUGAUAUGUAUGCAAGCUCUGAGCUCACCUGUUAUCAGUUAUUACACAUCUCAAUAUAUAUUUUUGGUGCUUCCAUUAGCUCAUAUUGUUGCCUAUUGCUCCUUACGUUUGUAUCUGAUGAAAAGAGGUCGAUGUUUAUCUCCUGGCCAUGAUAAUUCCGGGAUUGAAACAGGUUAUUUGCAGAGGAUUAUUGAAACGAAUAGCUGUUGCAGGGAUUAUAAAAAUGACACAUUUGUCAACAUGUCUCUUUAUUAUAACUGUAUCUGGAUGAUAUUCCUUCGUCCUUUGGCUAUUUUACAUGCCAUGUAUUUACAGUCGAAGGAUUGGGAAAGUGCUUAUUAUAUGGACUUUGGUACUCAUCUAGUGCUAGCCUUCGCUUCUGUUUUCAGUCCUUUAUCACCAAGAUUUGGAAUUUGUCAACCUUUUAGGAGAAGAAAAAGUGACUACAAAACAAAAAAUAAUAAACCUGAAAUAUUUGUCUCGGAAAAAACUGCAAAUUUUUUAGAAAUAUCUCCAAAAAAACAAAUAGAAAAGGAAGAAAGUGUUUGUUAAAUUAUUAUUAUUAUCAUUAUCUGAUCUGUUAAUUUUCUUUCUAU